AUGGGUACGCAAUUCUUGAGGCUUUCCUAUUCCGAUCUACUUAAAGCGACGGGCGGAUUUGCCGAGACUAGCCUAGUAGGUGUCGGAAGUUUUGGAUAUGUUUACAAAGGUGUACUUGACGAUGGGGUGACGGUUAUAGCUGUGAAAGUGCUUAAUCUUGUUGUGAAAGGGGCCUCUAAGAGCUUCUUGGCGGAAUGCAAUUCUCUAAGAGGCAUACGACACAAGAAUCUCGUGAAAAUAUUGAGUGUGUGUGAGAGAAUAGACUUCCAAGGAAACGAUUUCAAAGCGUUGGUGUAUGAAUUUAAGGCAAACGGGAGUUUGGAUAAAUGGUUGUACUACAACGGUGAACAAGAAGAGGGAUCCGAUGCACAACUUAGAAAUCUAGAUUUGAUCGAGAGGCUUGAUAUCGCCAUCGAUGUUGCUCAUGCACUCGAGUAUCUCCAUUCAGGUAUUGGUUCGGUAAUUGUUCAUGGCAAUUUGAAUCCGAGUAAUAUUCUUUUAGAUGAAGAAAAGACUGCUUGUGUUGGUGAUUUCGGAUUGUCCAAGAUUGUUUCGAGUGUACUUCCGCCGCGUGAAAAUAGCAGCACAAUUGGGAUCAAGGGUACAAUCGGCUAUGUCCCUCCAGAGUAUGGGAUGAGUAACGCGAUCUCGGCAGAGGGGGAUGUGUAUAGCUAUGGCAUCCUCGUAUUGGAGAUGUUCACAAAAAAAAGGCCAACAGACGAUUCGUUCAUGGAUCAGGUCAAUCUUCACAAUUUUGUUGAUGCUGCGUUGCCGGAUCAUGUGAUGGAAAUAUUGGACCCCCUCGUUCGAAUAGGCCCUCGCCAAAAUAACAAUAUGUUCGAGGAUUGCAUGUCUUGUAUUCUCAAUAUUAGUUGA